AUGCCAACUUCGACAUCAUGCAGCUUGAGCAUGACGAUGAUGACCCUGAAAGAGUUGAGGAGCAGGAGGAGAAUGAGAGGAAGCUGGAAGCGAGAUAUCAGAAGCUUGUGGCAGAGUCUGUGGCUUAAAGCCCUUAACAAAGACAGACGAGACCUAACAGCCUCCUUGCUCUGGCCAAGGCGUGGAAUUGAUGAUGAGGACUUUCUGCAAAAGAUUGCUGGAUGUGUAGAUGGGCAGAAAUUGAGGAAGAGGGGCAGAGACAGAGACAGAGGCAGCAAACAAAGAGAGAGAGAGAGAGAGAGAGAGAGAGAGAGAGAGAAAGGCCGAGAGACACAGGGACCGAGAGACCGAGAGACCGAGAGACCGAGAGACCGAGAGACAGAGAGACACAGAGACAGAGAGACAGAGAACGCGAGAGACAGAGAGACAGAGAGAGACAGAGAGACGUUCACGCACGUAGGCAAAUAG